CCGGGUGUCUAACGCAGUGGCACGCAGCCCAAAGGCUAUCAGGAGGGCCAGGGAGUUGAGGGGCGACAGGAGCUAUGGCAGAGUCGGCGCCUGCUCGGCAUAGGAGAAAACGGCGCUCCACACCUUUAACUUCUUCCAUACCUCCUUCACAAGCAACAGAAAAAAGCUCCUAUUUUCAGACCACAGAGGUCUCACUCUGGACAGUGGUGGCUGCUAUUCAGGCUGUGGAAAAAAAGAUGGAGUCGCAGGCUGCCCGGUUACAGAGCCUGGAGGGACGCACGGGGACAGCUGAGAAGAAGCUGGCAGAUUUUGAGAAGACAGCCGUGGAGCUCAGCAACCAGCUGGAGGGCAAGUGGGCUGUGCUGGAGACCCUGCUGCAGGAGUACGGGCUACUGCAGCGGCGGCUGGAGAAUGUGGAGAACCUGCUGCGCAAUAGGAACUUUUGGGUUUUGCGGCUGCCCCCAGGCAACAAACAAGAAAUCCCAAAGGUGUCCAGGUCUAUUGAGAACGAUGGUGUCUGUUUCUCUGAGCAGGAGUGGGAGAACCUGGAGGACUGGCAGAAGGAGCUCUACAGAAAUGUCAUGCAGAGCAACUAUGAGACUUUGGUUUCUCUGAAGGUCCUUGGCCAGCCAGAGGGAGAAGCAGAGUUGAGUUCGGAAAUGCUGGGUGACUUGGAGGAAGAAGACCCUCAUGGUACCCACCUGGCAGAUGGGGCCAUGGUCAAACAGGAGGUGCUGUACAAGCAGGAGGGCUCUGCAGGUCUUCCUGGUGUGUUGUCUGGUGCUGCUGAAGAACAGGCUUUCUUGGGCCCAGAGCAAGCUGAGCUCUGGGAUGGUCAGGAUGGUUCUGUCCUCUUGGAAUCAUGCCCGGGAGACUGUAACCUUGAGGAGUCCAUUGAGGGCAGCAGAGACCCUACCAGUGGCAGAAUUCUGGACUGCCCCCGGAAGCUGAAAUCCCAUAGGCAGGUACAGUUGGGUCAGGAAUGUGGGCAGGGUCUGAAGCUGAAAAGGGACACUUCUAGCUCCUACAAAUGUUCUCAGUGUGAGAUGAGCUUCCGCUAUAAGCAGCAGCUGGCCAUACAUUUGCAGAGCCACUCGGGUUGGGAGUCUUACCCCACCACAGAGCCAGAGGAGAACCUUAGACCCAGGCCAAGGCUAAAACCGCAGGUCAAAAAGACAAAGCUACAUCAGUGUGACGUGUGCCAGAGGAGCUUCAGCUGCAAGGUGAGCCUGGUGACCCAUCAGCGCUGCCACCUGCAGGAGGGGCCCAGCACUGGCCCACGUGUCCAAGAGAGAUUCUCACCCAACAGCCUGGUUGCACUGCCUGGCCACAUCCCUUGGAGAAAAAGUCGGAGUGCUCUCAUCUGUGGGUAUUGUGGCAAGAGCUUCAGCCACCCAUCUGACCUGGUGCGUCACCAGCGCAUCCACACGGGUGAGCGGCCUUACAGCUGUCCUGAGUGUGAGAAGAGCUUUGUCCAGAAGCAGCACCUCCUGCAGCACCAGAAAAUCCACCAGCGGGAGCGGGGCGGGUUGGCCCCGGAGUCUGGAAGGUCCAAUGGCCUGCUUUAAGGGUGCCAGCCCCUCACCAUCCGGGGGUGGAGGGGGGGUGGCAUUUGUCCCCCGAAGAGACUGUGUGGAGUCAGGGACUAACUUUUUCCUGAGGGAAGUUGCUUCUGGUUUUUCUUCCCUUCACCAAGUGUCAGGCCAAGCCCAAAGGCUGUCCUGAGAAAUGUGGAAGAAGGGGUCCAGGGCCUGGCCUCUCACUGCCAUCUGGACCUUGGUGCUGGGUUUGCUGUUUCUAUGGCCCCUUUGGGUCUCUGGUCUCCCCAUCUUUCAGAUACUCGGAGCCUGGGAUUGGCACUCACCUCAUAGGGACUGGUGGCCAGUUUUAGGGCCUGUCCCAGGAUUUCAUAUCUUCCCAUAGGUUGAGUUGGGUCACAGAAGUGAGCAGGUGUGUUGAAGAAUUCUAGAUAGUAUAACCUUCCAUUUCACUCUAUUUUGUAGUUUCUUUGUGAAUAACAAGUAGAAAUAAUUUAAAUGAACUGUUUUACCCUGCUCUAAAGAUCCUUUUUUGGAGUUAGAUACUUGCUGAUUUAAAAAAAAUAUAUAUAUGUAGCCCAACACAUGUUUUUUCAAAUUUCAAGAUUUGUAGAAGUUGUUCCUAAAAUGGGAACUGGGCCUACCCUCUAGGAGGGGAUAGUUUAUAGGGCUCUUUUAGCCCACCCACACUUAACUUAGGCCAGAGAGCUGGGACUCACUGCUUCUUUUGGUGGAGGUGCUCAGUGCUCUUAGAUGGGCUAAUUGCUCAGUAGGACCAAGAGGAAAGAGAGGAGGAAGGAGAGAUCCUGAAGCUCCUGCUGAGAAUAAAGACUCCCGCAAAGGGGCCAAGAACACAGUUCUGGGAGUUGUGGUGUCUCAUCAUGCACUUUCUGCUGCCUUGCCCUGGCUAUGUUUCUGUACCUGCGAGGGUGGAAGACUACUUUGUUACUCAAGGUUGAGGUUGUUUAGCUUGUGCCAGUGCUUAUAUAAGUUUGUUCCUCUUUUACACCAGUCAUUACUUGAGGUUGUUCAGAUUAUACUUUGCAAUUUCUGUCCCAGAGAAAAAGCACAGAUGCUUGCCUCAGGAGUGUUAUGUUCCUGACCCACUCUUGUUUGGAGAGAUGAGAGUGGGCUCCUGGGUCAUAUUUGAUUGUCCCUUGGAUGAUUUACAGUUGCCUAGAAUAAAAUUUGCUA